AUGCAAAAAUCAACACUUUUAACCGCCACAUGUCUGUUGAUGUGUGUAUUACUGUCAAUUUUGACAGCCUUCUCUGAUGCCUCCUUGAGUGGAACAUCAUCUGAAGCUUACGCACUUGCUCACGCAUCAGCCAGUAAGAAUGAAGUUAAAAUUGCCUCUUUCAAUAUUCAAAUUUUUGGUUCUUCCAAAAUGGAAAAGAAGAAUGUUUUGGCUGUCAUUUUGAAAAUUCUCUCCAGAUAUGAUUUAGUAUUAAUUCAAGAAGUUCGUGAUUCUUCCGAUACUGCCUUUGCUAAUCUUGUAAAAGAAUUGUCAAAUUACAAUAAGAAUGUCAAGUAUGGCUCAGCAAUUAGUGAAAGACUUGGAAGAAGUAAUUCAAAGGAACAAUAUGGAUUUAUUUACAAUACUGAUAAGGUAAAAAUGAUCAAGACUGUUCAAUUUAAGGAUACAAAAGGAUGGUUUGAAAGACCGCCUUUUGCAUUUGUUUUUGAAUUGAAUGCUGCCAAGUUGAAAGGUCAACAAUUUGCAAUUCUUGGAUGUCAUAUUAAACCAGGUGAUGUUGUCAAUGAAUUGAAUCAUCUUGUUGAAGUUUAUGAUUCAUUCAAGAGUGAACCAUUCUAUAAGAAUAUUAUUUUGACUGGUGAUUUCAAUGCUGAUUGUUCUUACUUGUCUGAUACUGAAAUGAAGAAACUCAAAUUGUCCACUGAUGCUAGAUUCAAGUGGUUGAUUGAUAUGGACUCAACUGUUGCUGAUUCUGAAUGUUCAUAUGAUAGAUAUAUUGUUCCAGUUGAACUUUCAGCAAAGAAGCUUUCCAGUGGAGCUCUCUAUGAACUCGGUCAAGCUACCGUUUAUAGAUAUGAUAAGGAUAUGAAGAUUACUGAUGAAGAAUUGGUUGAAGAUGUCAGUGAUCACUAUCCAAUCGAAAUGACAAUUACUAGCUCUCAAAACAUUGGUCUUUCUUCCAAGACUUUGGCUGAUUUGGUCUUUGAUGAUUUGGUUAAGGAAGAAGGUGAAGACGAUUGGAGAAGAAUAAACAUGAAUCCAUACUAA